GUCGCAUCUUCCCCAUUCUCCAUCGACCCACCGGCGGCGGCGCAAGUGAAGCGAAGAGGAAAGGAAGCUACGAGAUGUCGGCGACCACUGCAGCGGUGCCCUUCUGGCGGGCGGCGGGGAUGACCUACAUCGGCUACUCCAACAUCUGCGCUGCGCUGGUCCGGAACUGCCUCAAGGAGCCCUUCAAGUCUGAGGCCGCGUCCCGCGAGAAGGUUCAUUUCUCCAUUUCCAAGUGGACGGAUGGCAAGCAGGAGAAGCCAACUGUCCGCACAGAAUCGGAUGACUAAGGGCUGGCGCCAUGGCGACAUAGUCCUUCCUACAGAUGAUUUGAAGCGUCGUUGCAAGUUUCUGGGACUUGUUAUUUAGUUGGCUUGAUUUGUAAUCAAUGCUGAAGAAUAAAUACUUUUUGCGACAAUGGUCUUUUUACAAUGUCGUGUUGUUUUCGUUGCUAAUUGCACUUGCCCUACCCUAAUCAAGCAUGUGAACU